CCGCACCUCCACCGUGCAAUUUCUGUUCUCAUCCUGAGGUAAAGUUCUUAACCCGAGGUACUACUUCUGGGUUAGCGGAGUCUGUAACCUGAAGUGUUUGUAACCCAAGGUACCACUGUAGCUGCAAAAAUAACUCUAUCACAUUCAGGCUGCUGGUGGCGCUGUGGGUUAAACCACAAAGCCUAGGACUUGCCGAUCAGAAGGUCGGCGGUGCGAAUCCCCGUGACGGGGUGAGCUCCCGUUGCUCAGUCCCUGCUCCUGCCAACCUAGCAGUUCGAAAGCACGUUAAAGUGCAAGUAGAUAAAUAGGUACUGCUCUGGCGGGAAGGUAAAUGGCGUUUCCGUGCGCUGCUCUGGUUUGCCAGAAGUGGCUUAGUCAUGCUGGCCACAUGACUUGGAAGCUGUACGCCGGCUCCCUUGGCCAAUAAAGCGAGAUGAGCGCCACAACCCCAGAGUCGGCCAUGACUGGACCUAAUGGUCAGGGGCCUCUUUACCUUUACCUAGCAGUAUAACAGUAGAUGUAUAAUUUUAAUUGCAGGCUCGUUCCAAAGAACUACCAGCAUGUUCUGGCCUUGGUGUUUGCUGUCAAUGAGGUCAAUGAGAACCCUCAGAUAUUGCCCAAUGUCACAUUAGGAUUCCACAUCCAUGACAGCUACUUCAGUGAAAGGAUGACCUACUGGGCCACUCUGGACAUACUCUCCACACCCUAUAGAUUUGUUCCCAACUACCAGUGUGGCAUACAGAAUAAUCUGAUGGCAAUCAUUGGGGGACUUGACUUUGAAACUUCCCUCCACAUGGCAGCCAUCUUAACAGGCUACAAGAUUCCCCAGCUCACUUAUGGCUCCUUUGCCCCAGAGGAUGCUGGUCAAAGCCAAUCCACUCCCUUCUACCGGAUGGUGCCCAAUGAAGCCCAUCAGUACACUGGGAUUGUUGAGCUACUUCUGCACUUUGGAUGGACGUGGGUUGGGUUGCUCGCGGCGGAUAGUGAGAGUGGAGAGAAGUUUAUGGAAAUCCUGCAAACUCUGCUUUUCCAGAGAGGAAUUUGCUUGGCCUUUGCAGAGAGAACUCCAAAAGGCUCAUAUUUUGAAGAGUAUUACGACAUGAUUUCCCAGUGGCUCCAAACCUAUUACAUGAUUGCGGAAAGCAAAGCCAAUGCUGUCGUUGUCUAUGGAGAAGACAAGUCCUUGUUUUUUUUGCAAAUAUGGCUAGUGGCAGGGGAAGUGGAAAAUGUGACAUCUAUGGAGAAGGUAUGGAUUAUGACUGCUCAACUGGAUUUCUCAGCAGUGGCCUUUCGAAUGAGCCAGGAUAUGCAACCAUUUCAUGGCUCCAUAUGCUUCACAGUGCACUCAAAUGAGGUGCAAGGAUUCAAGACCCUUCUUCGCUCCCUAAAUCCUUUCAUGGCAGGUGAAGAUGGUUUUCUUCAGCAGUUCUGGCAAGAUACGUUCCAUUGUUUCUUUUCAAAAUCCAGUACUGAGUUCAGUGAACCCUGCACUGGACUGGAGAAGCUGGACAGCCUCCCCUCGUCUGGCUUUGAGAUGAGCAUGACUGGCCACAGCUACAGCAUCUACAAUGCUGUCUAUGUUGUGGCACAUGCUCUACAUGCCAUGUUCCAAUCCUGGUUGAAAGACAGAGGAAUUGUGAGAAGAUGGAGACCGCACCUUCAGAAAUUGCAGCCUUGGCAGCUCCACCCAUUUCUUAGGAGUGUCUCAUUUAACAACAGUGCGGGAGAAGAAGUGUCUUUUAGUGAGAAGAGGGAAUUUGAAGCUGGAUUCGAUAUUACCAACUUGGUCACUUUCCCAAAUAACUCCUUCAUCAGAAUGAAGGUUGGAUGGAUGAAUUUGGAUGCUCCCCCAGGAAAAGAGUUUUCCAUCAAUGAAGACAAAAUGGUGUGGCACAGGAGUUUUCACCAGGUGCCACCCCUCUCUCAAUGCAACAAAAAAUGCCCUUCUGGUACUAGGAGAAAAAAGAAGGAAGGGGAGAAAUUCUGCUGCUAUGACUGUGCUCCAUGUUCAGAAGGCAAGAUUUCAUACCAGAAAGACAUGAAUGACUGUGUUGGAUGCUCAGAAGAUCACUAUCCAAACAGGAACCAAACACAAUGCGUUCCGAAGUCCAUCAGCUUCUUGACUUUGGAAGAACCGCUUGGGAUGAGCUUAGCGUUUGGCUCCGUAUUCUCCUCUUUGCUCACCAUAUUGUCCCUCGCCAUCUUUAUGAAGCAUCAGGACACACCGAUUGUCAGGGCCAAUAAUCGGGACCUCACCUACGUUCUCCUCCUGUCUCUCCUUCUCUGUUUUCUCUGUCCUCUCAUCUUCCUCAGCCGACCAGACAGAGUGACCUGCCUUGUCCGACAAAUGGCUUUUGGUAUGGUUUUCACAGUGACUGUUUCUUGUGUGUUGGCCAAAACCAUCACCGUUGUUCUGGCAUUCAUGGCCACCAAACCAGGAUCCAGAAUGAGGAAAUGGGUGGGGAAAAGACUGACAAGUGCCAUUGUGUUGACUUGUACUAUUAUCCAAGCUGGUAUUUGUACUGUGUGGCUGGGAACCUCUCCCCCAUUUCCCCAUUUUGACAAGCAUUCUGUGAGGGGAGAAAUUAUUCUGGAAUGUAAUGAAGGGUCAGCUGCCAUGUUUUACUGUGUCUUGGGCUACAUGGGCCUCCUGGCCACUGUCAGUUUUGUUGUAGCAUUUUUAGCCAGGAAACUGCCUGACAGCUUUAAUGAGGCCAAAUUCAUCACCUUCAGCAUGUUGUUGUUUUGUAGUGUUUGGAUCUCCUUUGUUCCGGUCUACCUGAGCUCCAAGGGAAAACACAUGGUGGCUGUGGAGAUCUUCUCCAUCUUGGCCUCUAGUGCUGGUUUACUGGGUUCCAUCUUUUUCCCCAAAUGCUACAUUAUCAUAUUGAGGCCUGAUCUGAAUGACAAACAGCAGUUAAUAAAGAAGAAAUAG